AUGCUCUAUUUGAUUGUUGGCAUUCAACUUCAACAGUAUCCGGACAAUUUCGCUUUUGAAGUAUCUUCACGUCUGUUAAGUCUAUUUGGUAUUAAGCCGUUUAUUACUAAUCUUAUUAAACAAAUCGAUGAACAAAGUGUUCGAUAUUGUUCUUUAAUUGUACCUUAUUGUCAACUUCAAUCACCGGGUAGUGGAUUAAUCUUUUCAAUGAAUCGACAUACAACAUCUAUAGUAGAUUUUGAUUUUACAGAAGAUCAAAUGAAAGCUAUAACUCUUUCGGACAGAAUAAUUGUCAUAGAUAUGGGAGAAGUACGUACAGUUUUGGAUAUCAACCUGCCGAACUUGAAUGAACCAUAUUUGAAUUCCACUACAUUACCAGAAACAUAUACUUUCGAUGGAAAAAAUGAAAUAAAAGAUGCACGAUCAUCAAAUAGUUCAAAUGAUGAAUUUAAAAGAUAUUUAUUUCUUGUUAAUUCGUUGCAUCAUAUUUAUCUUGUAUCAGCUAAUGAGAAUAUUAAAUUUGAACAUUCGUCAAAAGUUGGUUAUUUGACUGUUGAAAUGCUUGAUAAGAGACGUGCACUCUGUGUUGUAGCCGAACGAAAUACAAAUUAUGUAGAAUGUUGGGAUGUAGUAAGAAAACGAUUAUUUGAUCGAUUUGAGUUUUCUAAAGUGAAAGUUAAGUAUGUUCUUUGUGCUCAAGUUUAUUCGAUGAUUAUUAUUGUUCUUCAAGAUGGCAUCAUUCAAUUUUAUUCUAUUACUGAUUGGACGAAAUCAUCGUUUGUUCAUCGAGGUUUAAUUCAUGCUGGAAUUCAUCUUGAACUAGUCGCAGUUACUGGUGGAAUGUUAAUUCAUACAUUUAAUGCAAAUAUUCCUAUUGAUUUUGCUCUAAUUAGUUUAAAACAGUUCCAUAAAACGGAGCAAAUCUUAUCCGAUAAACAAGUAUUUAAAACAUUAGUUGCAUUUGAUCCUCCAAUGGGACCGAAACCAAUCAAAAGUAUCAUAUUACCCGAUACAGAGUCAAUGUCAUUCGACGAUAUUCAAUCGAAUUUUCCUUUUUUUAUGACUAAGACAAGAGAUGCCAUAUUUAUCGUUCAUAAAUGUAAUAAUAAGGACAUAUCUUACAUUCGUAUUAAUGGUCGAUUUGAUGUUGUGUCAAUGCAUGCAAAAAAUUCACACACCUUAUAUACAGCUCGUGGUGGUAUUGUUGAACUUCACAAAUGGGCUUGUAUUGAAAGCAAAGAUUGUAACAGCAGAAAUCACAAAUAUCAAUUGUAUGUUUCUAUCGAUAUCAGUUCAUCACCAAUAACUUCAAUUAAAGCUAAAGCCGGCAAUGGUAAAUAUUUUUGA